UAUCUCACUGGGAUUAAAAAGUCUGUGUGUGAAAUUAAUCAUUUGCAGGAAGUUGAGAGGAAGGAGCAAGAAGUAGUAAACUUUGAUGAAUUCCCGCCAGAGGUUUUAAUUAAACAUCCACUUCAACAUACUUGGACCCUUUGGUAUUAUGAACCAGACAGAAAUAAAACAUGGGAAGAGAGUCAAAGAAAAAUCACGAGCUUUGAUACAGCUGAAGAUUUCUGGAGUUUAUACAAUCACAUAAAGGCAGCAUCAGAAUUAAGACAAGGUUGUGACUAUAGUAUGUUCAAAGAAGGAAUCAGACCUAUGUGGGAAGAUGAUGCAAAUAAAUGUGGCGGAAGGUGGCUUAUAAACUUAGAAAAAAAGCAAAGAAAUACAGAUUUAGAUCAUUUUUGGUUAGAAAUUCUUUUAUGUAUGAUUGGUGAAGCAUUUAAUGAAUAUUCUGAUGAUAUUUGUGGGGCUGUUGUAAAUAUAAGGACAAAAGGAGAUAAACUUGGUGUAUGGACUGCAAAUGCCAAUAGUGAAGAGAGUGUUAUGGAAAUCGGACGCAAAUUAAGAGAAAGAUUAAAAAUUUCAUCAAAAGUUACUAUAGGCUACCAAAUACAUAAAGAUGUUAUGGUCAAAGUAGGAAGUCAAACAAAGAAUGCCUAUAUUGUU